AACGCAUCUACUUCUCACUGUGAUAAGUACUUGUUUCGUAAUAGCUUAAAUCGUGGGUUUCUUCUAUUAUUUCAAAUAACUGCAAAAAUGUAUCACCAAUUAAGCAAACUUACUGGCCGUGUGGUCGCUACAACACAUCUACAAAGUCCACUAUUUCCAGUUGCACCAAUUGCUUUGCAACGAGUGGAGACGCCCACAAUCCAGUAUACCACUGCACAACUUUCAACAGUGACUGAGGCCAGUGCACCAUCUGGCCAAAGAAAACUUAUACCAGGCACCAACACACCAUACCCACCUGUAUCUGAAACCAUCCGUAAGAGACAACAACUUUUCCAGAAAGAUGAUGAUGUUCCAGUCUUCUUGAAAGGAGGCCCUGUGGAUGGUCUGCUUUACCGUCUCACCAUGGCUCUCUGCGUUGUUGGACUUGCUGGUAUAUUCCACACCAUCUAUGGCCAUGCUUUCCCCAAGAAACAAGAUUAAAUUAAUUUAUAAAUGCACAUAGCUGGCUGUUAUAAGAUUACAAGUAUUGUAUUUAGUGAACAAUAAAAAAAUCUAAUUAAA